UUUUUUUGAAAGGAAAUAGCUUAUAUUAAAAUCAAGCGAAUCAAAGUAACAAGUAUGUUCCAAGACCUACAUCUCCAUCUCUCCAAACAAAAUCAAAAGCGCAUCGGUCCUCUCACGUGAUGAUCAAGCAUAGAAUAGUCUAGAAUAGUUCACCCCGAAUAAAGCGAGACUAAUCGCUAAAACGGUGAGAGCAAAGAGGCUAUUAACGGCUGAGUUAGCCUGAUGACCUCCCAACAGAAACAUAUCUAAUGAAAUAAAACAAGCAAAAAUCCUACCCCUCAAUGUUCGAAAUAGCAAUAACAACAGAGUUCAAAAUUAAACAACUCCAAAAGAGUAAAACAAAAUUAAAUAAAAUAAACUUAUGGAGCAACCGAAUAUGUACUUCAUGCGCCAUCCUCCAUGGCCGCAGUUCUGGAGGGGUGCGGGUCAUCAACCCUUCCUCUUCUUUCUCCAAGAAAUUUUCAUGCCACUUAAUCUGGUCCGCCCCUAAAAAACCACCUCCACAAGCCCUGAAUUUUGUCGAUCCUGGACCUUCCACCUUUUAUAUUGGCAUAGUAGUUUGCUGCCGCCUUCUCCUGCAGUCCCUGUUGAUCCAUUUGUGAGUGUCGCCCUUCCCCACAACCGAGCCUGGACAGUCUCUUCCCUCGGCUGCGUUGAAAUGGUCGAGCGAUUGGAUAUCGCCGACCCCAAACUUCCGCAGACUAGAGUCUAGAACCCUAGCUGCGCGGUCCGUGUAUGGACUUCUAUAGUUCUAUUCAGCAUAAGAUCAUUUCCAACUCCACGCAGUAAUUCGUGAAUCAAGCCCUCACCUUGGAUUUUUUAAUGAUGUAAUUCUCUUUUCCAAUGGUAAAAAUCCAUAGUCAAGAAAAUUCGUUGUUCAUUUGAUGAUUUCUUUCAUUCUUCCAAGAAAGCAAGCAAUGGAGCUAAGAGCUCAUUUAUCACUUCUAAAAAUCAUUGCAUAUCAAUUUCGGAGGAAGUUAUUGAACUUUGCUAUUAAUGAUUUGGGAGUUACUCAAGAAGUGUAGAUAGAUGUUAUUUGAAGGCUUCUCUAUUUGAUAAUCUCACUGGCAAAAUCAAAUCCAUGAUUAUGCUCCACAAAAAGCACAUCUUUUUAUGGCUGGAAGCCUUAUCCUCAUUAAGUAUGUGGCUAGUUUCCAUGCCACUUUACUUGUUUCAGGUUAUUCCUCCACCUAACAGUGACUGUAAAAGACUAGAGCUUCUCCUUGGUUCUUUUAUAUGGGGUGAUAAGUCUAACAACAAAAAGACUCGUCGUAAAUUUGUGCAACAAGUGUAUCCAAUUCCUUAUGUGCAAAUGUGCAAGCUAUGAUGCAAUAUGAAGUGUAACAAUAUAAUUCUCUUUGGAGCAAUGUGAUGAUGAGUAAGGAUGUUUUCUUUUAGAUUGAAAUUUG